AAACGGCGACACGGAAUCUCCUCCACUGCAGGAUAAGGUGCCUUCGUCCUGAACAGAGAGAAGUUCCGCCAUUCCCAACCUCCAGUUUGCAUCGUGAUGGCGGCCGCCAAAUGCUACUCGGACUGGCCUCCUCUCCCUCCUCUCCAUCCGUCGAGAAGAACACCGCCCAACACCUCCCUCUGCACGAUCAAGCGGCAGCUCGCAUCUUUCGUCCUGCACUGCUCCAGGUCGUGCGCUUCCCCUGUUCUCGAGCCCAAGAAUUUCACCGAUGAGCUCCAACCUUUGUCGUCUCCGGCGCCGGCGCCGGCACCGCCGCGGGUGUCCCCGCCUCCGGACGCCGCGAAGCUCGGUAUCUCGAACAAGUUCAUCCGCGGGCUCUGCGGCGACCGGCAGACCGAGCAGCUCGCGUUCGAGUGCUACAGGAGGGCGCUGCAGCAGCCGGAGUUCCGCCCGGACAAGAAGACGAUGAACGUGCUGACCGUGCAUCUGCUCAGGGCCAAGCAGUGGGGAUCGCUGGAGCACCUGGUCGAGGAUUUCGGGGCCUACGCGGUGCUCCCGGAGAGACGCACGUGCGCGCGGCUCGUGGCGAGCUGCGUCAGGGCGAGGAAGUUCGGCCUCGCCGACGCCUUGCUCGGGGUUCUCGAAGGCAAGAAGGGCGCGGCCGCCGCCGUGUGCUUCAGCUCCGCGAUGCAGGCGUACAACAAGCUGCACAUGUACCGGAGCACGGUGCUGCUGCACGAGCGGAUGAAGGCGUCUUGCCUGUCGGUGAACGCCGAAGCCUACCGCGCCGUGAUGGCGGCGUACGGGGCGCUGGGCGAGCCGGACACGGUGGCUUCCCUGUUCAAGCAGUACAGGUCCCGCAAAUGGUACCCCUCUGAGAGCUGCCUCGAGGCAUACGCCAUCGCCUGCGAUGCGCUGGGACGCGCAGGCAGAGCCGUGGACGCGCUCAAGUGCCUGCGAGAGAUGGAGGCGGACGGCAUCUCGCCGGAUGCCGCGAUAUACUCUUCAGUCAUCGGGUCUCUGGCAGACGCCCGUGAAAUGGCGUCGUCACAAGACCUGUACCACGAAGCCUGGAGGAAAGAGAUGCUGCGGGAUCCGGACAUGUUCUUGAAGGUGAUCAUCAUGCAAGUCGAGGCCGGGCUACUGGAGGACACACUAGGAGUCUCCAAGGACAUGAGGGAGAUCGGCCUGAGGGUCACCGACUGCGUGAUGUCCACGAUCGUCAAUGGCUUCGUGAAGAAAAGAGGCUUAAAACCAGCCAUCAGAGCUUAUGACAAGCUGAUCGCCAUGGGAUGUGAGCCUGGCCAGGUCACCUACGCCUCGGCGAUCAACGUGUACUGCCGGCUCGGCCGUAGCGACAGGGCGGAGGCCGUCUUUUCGGAGAUGAUCGACCGGGGAUUCGACAAGUGUGUGGUCGCAUAUGGCAACAUGAUCUCCAUGUACGGGCAGAUCAGGAGAGCGUCCGACGCCACGAGGCUGCUGGCGCUGAUGAAGCAGAAGGGAUGCGAGCCCAAUGUGUGGGUCUACAACUCCCUCCUAGACAUGCGCGGCAAGCUCGGGGAUUCCAGGCAGGCGGAGAAGAUCUGGAAGGAGAUGGUGCGGCGCAAGGUGCAACCUGACCGGAUCAGCUACACGGCCAUCAUCGGCGCGUUCAACCGGUCGGGAGAGCUUGACCGCUGCAUGAAUUUCUACCAGGAGUUCAGGGAGACCGGAAUGAAGGUCGACCAGACCAUGGCGAGUCUCAUGGUCGGGGUGUUCUGCAAGUCCAGCCGGUUCAACGAGCUCAUCGAGCUGCUUAGAGACAUGAAACUGCAAGGCAUCAAGCUGGACAGGAGGCUGUACAUGAUCGUUCUGAACAGCCUCCGAGAAGCAGGGCUGGAGGUUCAUGUGAAGUGGCUCCAGAAUUAUUUCAGUUCAGUGGAGGAGAAAACUUGAUUUCACCACUCCUGGAGUUCCUGAUACUCAUCUUCAGCAUCGGAGACGGAGAGCAUAGAGAAAGGCAAUGCUCUGCAAAUUUGAAGCAAAAUAGGUAAAUAUUUGGUUGCCUCUAUGCCCAUUGAAACUACAUGCCUAUGUUCUUCCAUUCCGAACUUCCUCGAAUGGCGGAAAAUUGACACUGUAAAUUGUAUUGUUAGAAGAUGCAAACCUUGUAUCAACAGAAUGGUCUGAUUUGUCGGGUAAGGUGUAUAGCUGAAUAAUUCUGCAUUCAUCUCAGAGUUGAGGAUACUCUUGUACAGUUGUAAUAUAGCCCACUUUGGCAGAUGUAAAUUUGUAUCUUCUGAACGUCUGAACAUUCCACAUCUGCUCACAUUGGGCUUGUUAUAUUCUCUGGAUUUGAAUUGAUUUGUGCAAGAGCA